UCUCUCUCCCUCUUGGCUCUUGACUUUAUCCACAAGUCAAUUCCAAAACCCCCCUAUCUUCAUCUCCCACCUCCCCCUUCCUUAUCAUCUCCUUCCUCUCUCCCUCACAGAUCAACCGAUCCAUAUGCCCCGGAGGACGAUGCCACCAUGCCACUUCCUCCCCCAUCUCUUCUUCUUCUUAUUAUUGCUACUGUCACCAUGGACACCUUCUUGCGCCGCCGAGUCGUCCAAUCAUAUCUCCGUAUAUGGACGUGUCGCUGGCAGAUCGCUGCUACAGUCUGAUGAAGAGGCAAACACGGAGCUUGUUGUUGAUCUUUCUGGGAAAGUCUCCUUACUUAUGCAUCCAUCAAGGAAACCAAUCUGGUCUUUCUCAUCAGGAUCACCCCUUCAUUCCUCGUAUCAAGCUCCUCUAAGCGUUGUCAACAACACAGGAAACGCUACUGAGAUUAGUAAAGCUUUCGUUGUUGAGUACAUAGACAACUCAGAUGUUACCAUGGUUGAUGAUGGCUAUACUAGAAAGACUAUGGAGGAUUUGAUGAAAGAGAUGCCACGUGUGAGUGAUGAUGGUUUGACUCUUGGCUCUAAAUCAUCUACCACUUAUUUGGUUGAUGGUCUAUCAGGGAGGCUUAUCCAUGUUUAUGGAACCACCCAGUCUUCUGCAGAUAACAACAACACUAAUGUCAUGGUGAAGCCCACUAGCGCUGAUAAUUUGGCCAGCAUACAGCUUCUUAUCACGCGGACAGAUUCCAAACUGGAGCAUUUUGAUAAGACCUCAGGGAAGCCUGUGUGGAACGUGACGGUUUCUCACUUCAGAGCUGACUUGCGUUGUGAUCUAGCUUUCAAUAAAGACAAAAAUCUCGGUCCUGAAAUAUUCACUGGAAUCUAUAUGCCGUUGCGAUGUGGUGGUAAUCACACUGACAUCCGUGCCCUUAUUAAAUCAGGAGUUUAUAUUAGGAUGCCUCGAGAUCAGCAAGCGAAACCUGAAGGUGCAUAUGAAGCGAAAAUGUUGCCCUCUACAGCAACCAGAGAAUCAAGGAAGUUAUGGGAACGUGAUGUGUUUGGGAAAAACUCUGAGUGGUCGCGGGCAAAAUUAUUGGUCCCUUUAUUUAUUCUGGCUGCUGUUAUCUCUGUUUUCGUGAAAGGAUAUUCAGGCGGUGAAUUGAAUUCAAAAUCUGGACCUUCCAAAAAGAAGAAGAACCGUAAAUCAGGGAAGGAUAGGCAUACAGAAUUUGAGCUCAUUGAAGGAGGUCAAAUGUUGCUAGGCUUCAAUAACCUUUUAAAUGGUGCAGGUGAUGGGCGAAAGAUUGGUAAGUUGUUUGUGUCAAAUAAAGAAAUUGCAAAGGGAAGUAAUGGGACUGUGGUAUUUGAGGGUGUUUAUGAAGGCCGGCCAGUAGCUGUAAAACGCCUUGUUCGAUCCCAUCAUGAGGUUGCUUUCAAGGAGAUUCAAAACCUCAUUGCAUCUGACCAACACUCAAACAUCAUUCGGUGGUAUGGUGUAGAGUACGACCGAGAUUUUGUUUACCUUUCUCUCGAGCGAUGCACGUGCAGUUUAGAUGAUUUGAUCAAAACCUAUUUAAAUUUCUCAAUGACAAAAGUAUUGGAAAAUAGCGAUUCUACUGAAGCACUAGCUGCGUAUGAGAUCAAACUGGAUUCUCUGGAGGGAGUUAUGGAAGGAAACAGUCUGUGGAAAGUGGGAGGCCACCCGUCACCUCUCAUGCUUAAAUUAAUGAGGGAUAUAGUAUUUGGGCUUGCCCACUUGCAUGAAUUGGGAAUAGUUCAUCGCGACUUGAAACCACAAAAUGUAUUGAUAAGUAAAGGGAUGACUAUGAGUGCAAAGCUUUCUGAUAUGGGCAUUAGCAAGCGUCUAACUGGGGAUAUGUCAUCAUUGGGUCAUUUUGCCACAGGUUGUGGUAGUUCUGGUUGGCAAGCACCUGAACAGCUUCUUCAAGGUCGCCAAACUCGUGCUGUGGACAUGUUUAGUUUAGGAUGUAUCCUCUUUUACUCCAUAACUGGUUGUAAGCAUCCCUUUGGAGAAGAUCUUGAACGUGAUGUCAAUAUCGUGAACAACAAAGUUGACUUAUUUUUAGUAGCGCAUGUUCCCGAGGCUUCGGACCUGAUCUCUCGUUUACUGAAUCCAAACCCCGAUUUACGUCCGAGUGCAACUGAAGUGCUACUCCAUCCCAUGUUCUGGAACUCAGAGAUGAGACUAUCCUUUCUUCGGGAUGCUAGUGACCGAGUAGAGCUUGAAAACAGAGAGGCUGAUUCUGAGAUCUUAAAAGCAAUGGAGAAUACAGCUCCAGUGGCUAUAGGAGGGAAGUGGGAUGAAAAGUUAGAACCUAUCUUCAUUACAAACAUCGGAAGCUACAGGCGUUACAAAUACGACAGUAUUCGUGAUCUGUUACGUGUCAUCAGAAACAAAUUGAAUCAUCACCGAGAACUUCCUUCAGAGAUCCAGGAACUUGUUGGAACGGUUCCAGAAGGAUUCGACCAGUACUUCUCUGUUCGGUUUCCGAAAUUGCUGAUUGAAGUAUACAGAGUCAUCUCUAUGCACUGCAAGGAAGAAGAAGUAUUCAGAAAGUACUUCAAAUGCAACCACAUAUAAAUAACCGGUUUGCUUAUUUGUAAUCCAUGUUUGUUAUUGUUAUAUAAUAUUACAUAAAUUAACUGCUAUCUAGACCAAUUGCAACAUGUGUGACUAGUCUAUGUAUAUAUAUCUCAUGUAAAACGUCUGUUUCAAUAAAUAUCUGUAUUCGUAA